UUGAGAUUGGAAGGAAGGCAGUGAAGUCAAAGCAUGGAUUUUUUUUGGGCCGGGUUAAACAACAAGCACGGCAUGAAACAACCUGUAUACCUAGCGACCUGAGCUCUGAGCAAAACAUACCCUCAGCUUAUAACCAACUUACACAGAACAGGGGGGGUCGUUGGUUGAGAAGUCAGAAAGUGACGGAAAACACCCUGACACAAUGUAUCAACUCGUCAACUCAGACACGUACAAAUACCCCGGGCAAGAAACCUAUGUCUUGGACAUUCUCCCGAUCGCAACUGGCUUUGCCGCAACCGCUUCCGAUCAGACGCUCAGCCUCUUCGACCCCCUCGGACUGAGCCAGGGACCGGUCAAGAGGAUCCGGACAGAGCAUGGGAAUCUGACUGCCGCGAAGGUGUACAGCGCAGCCGACUCGGUCAUCUGCACGACCGGAGAGAAUGGCACCAUCUCGGUGUGGGAUUUGCGUCUGGACCCUUCCAAUGCCCGGGCCAUGCAAUUGGGCGGAAACCAACCUAGUCUGCUAUCCCUGGCAUGCUCCAACGAGACCAACACUGUUGCCGUCGGCACAGAGCUCGCAAACCACCAAGCAUCCAUCAUCAUCUGGGAUCUCCGAUCGCCCACAGCCGCGAAGCUCCAGUACGUCGAAGGGCACUCGGAUGAUAUCACCGUACUAACUCACCACCCAACCCAACCCCACCUCCUGCUGUCAGGCUCGACCGACGGCCUGGUCAACCUGACCGACACGCGGAUCGCGGACGAGGACGAGGCCGUGCAGGUGACCUUUAACCACGGCUCGGUGCACCGGGCCGGCUUCCUCCUCCUCCUCGACGGCGACGCCACAACUACGGUGUACGCGGCGUCGCACGACGAGAAGUUCGCGCUGUACGACGCGGCCGAGCACGCCGCCGCGGGCGGCGCCGCGGCGGCCGACUUCGGCGACGUGCGCGCGCUGCUUGGCUGCCAGUACCUCGCGGAUGUGGUGCCCAAGGCGCGCGGGGCUGGGGCGGUGGUGGGCGUUGGUGCGCAGGAUCAGCAAAUGUUCCAGUUGAUCCAUCUGGCAAAAGGGGCGAGUGGAUGGGGGCUAGACCGGGAGACGGUGGUUGGGCUACCGGGGGCGCACGGGUCGGAGCUGGUGAGGAGUUUCUGCCUCUACGACGAGCAGCAGGUGGUGUUUACUGCUGGCGAGGACGGUUGUGUGAAGGCCUGGAGGCCGGGUAACUAGAAUCCAACGAAAGGGAACCCGGAGUGUUUGUAGGGGAGACAGUUAAAGCCCAGGCCAUUUUCUCCCCCAGGCUC